AUGAAUCCAUCUACGGCAUUCCCCAAGGCCGCGGCUCUCCCCGCGCGUCUGUUGCGAACCCAGCGACAAUGCUCGAACCAGACCUCCAAUACUAGUGUGCGAUCUUCAACUCAAAGCCGAAAUUAUCAUGCUGCUGCCUCUGCUUCUCCGGCUCGACGUCUGCGGGAGGGUGUCUGCAAAAGAAAGGAUUCAUUGGUGAUUUCCGCUCGGUCUUUCCACACCACAUCUACCCUGUUGGCCGUCGCUGAUCCCUACAAAGUUCUCGGCGUCGACAAGAAGGCUUCUGCCGGCGAUAUCAAGAAGGCCUACUACGGCCUAGCCAAGAAGUAUCACCCGGAUACCAACAAGGACCCUGAAGCGAAAGACAAGUUUUCCGAAGCUCAAACCGCUUACGAGUUGCUGUCCGACGCCAAGAAACGCGAGAACUACGACCGAUUUGGCUCGGCGGCCUUUGAUCAGAACGGCGGAUUCGACCCAAGCGGUGGCAACCCAUUCGCCGGUGGAGGAGGAUUCCAUGGCUUCGGUGGUGGAUUCGGGGGUGGUGGAUUCGGUGGCGGUGGCUUUGGCGGAGGUUUCUCAGGCGAUAUCAACUUCGAGGAUCUGUUCGGCGCAUUCACUGGUGGAGCGCGUCGUGGACCCCGGGGUCGGGGCAACCCCUUCCAGGAACAAAUCCUGGUUGGUGAGGAUAUCGAGGUCCAGACCAACAUCUCAUUCAUGGAUGCUGCCAAGGGUACCUCCCAGGACAUUGUUAUCACUCCCUUGACCGAGUGCGGAACCUGUAAAGGUGACGGCUUGAAGGAAGGUACCAAGCGGUCUCAAUGUAAGCAGUGCAAUGGUACCGGUACCCGCGUCCAUCUCAUGCAGGGAGGUUUCCAGGUUGCCGCUACUUGCGAUGCUUGUGGCGGUGCUGGUAUGUCCGCUCCCCGUGGAUCUGAGUGCCGUCCCUGCCACGGAAACGGCGUUGUCAGGGAACGCAAGACUAUCAAGGUCGACAUCCCCGGAGGUGUUGAAGAUGGUAUGCGUUUGCGCGUGACCGGUGAAGGUGACAGACCUCCCACUGGAUCAGCUGUGCCCCCUGGAGCCCGAACCAAACCCGGUGAUCUUUACGUCUCCAUUCGUGUAGCUCCGGACUCUCGGUUCAGCCGCUCUGGAUCUGAUAUUCUCUACACUGCUUCGAUUCCUCUCACUACUGCCAUUCUUGGUGGUGAGGUGACCAUCCCAACCCUCGAGAGCGAGGUCAAGGUUAAGGUCGCCACGGGUACUGGUACUGGUGACCGAAUUACCCUUUCUGGAAUGGGCAUGAAGAAGCUUGGUGCUCGGGCACGUGGCUUCACUCCUAACGGUGACCUCAAGGUCGAAUUCAAGGUAGCAAUGCCGAAGUAUUUGACCGGUAACCAGCGAACUAUCCUGGAAGUUCUCGCAGAUGAGAUGAACGACAAGACCGCGAAGCGAACAAUGAACUUUGGCGCUGACAAGGAUAGCUCCGCGCCGAGCUCCGAAAAUGAAGGCUUCCUGAAGUCUGUCUGGCACCGACUUACGGGUGAGAACUAUGAGGCCAAUAAGAAGGACACCAAGGACAAGGAUGGCAAGACCGAUACCAAGGAUGACUCGAAGAAGUCGAGCUGA